AAAUUAUGCAGUUUUCCCUACACCCAAUCUAAAACGCCAGCCGUCCUUGAGUUCUCAAAUACAAAAAUGUCAGCUUCCAUAUUUUUUGGCUCUCACGGAGCUUCAAUUUUCCGGAACCAGCUCUACCGCUGCCCACGCAUUGCAUCCCCUUUCCUCCUCGCCAACCGAAUCGUAUUGUUACGCGGCCACUGCUCGUCCGCAUCCGCGGCCGACUGUGUCCUCACAUUUCCAGUCGAGAGUUCUGAAAGUGAUGUCAAUGUUCGGCACCCUUGGCCAGAAUGGAUAAAUUUUGUUGACUGUUUGAAGACCAAAGGUUACUUACCUAAAAUCUCCGAUGCUUCUUCUUCUGUCGUUACCAUGAGCGAAGGGAGCGGUGAUGUGUCUGUUUAUAGAGAAACGAAUAUAUUGAAGAAUGCUUAUCUAAAUUUCGCUCGUGACCGUUUUGACAUUUUGAGUAACUGCUUGGCAUCCAUCAUCAGUAUAAAUGCAAAUAUUAGAGCUCAAAACGUAGAGGAAGAUGAUUCAAUUACAUUUGGUAACACGGUAGCUCAAUAUCUUAAAAUAUUCAAUCUUUUUUUGAAGAUAUAAAAUAUUCAAUCACAAACACACAAUACUACUACUACUACUACUUCUUCUGUGAGUAGUAAAACUAGCAGAAUUGUGACAGGCUGACAGCUGAUGUACACUGCAAGUAUUCAAAAUGGAAGAUGUUUUCAUUAAUUUAUUUAUAACAAUAAAAAACAUGUUUGCAAUAUUUGUACUUUAAAAGUUACUCUUUAAGUCAUUAGUUUAACUAUUAGCUGGUGAGCUGGGGGAAAUUGUCCUUUUUAGUUGUAAAGCGAUGACUCCAAGGGUGAAGCUUUUAACAUACAUGUUCCUCUAACCAAAUGCUCUAAAUAGAUGCUCCAAAUGCUCUUUGCAAGUUUUUUUUUGUGUGUGUGGAUUUUUUGCAGAAUGUUGCCUACCCAUGAUAUGCAAGCAGUGGUUCAAAAGGGAUGUCCUAAUCUAUUCCGGAAGGCUGUUAAUUCUGCAAAAAGGUUGAGAGUGUAUCUACAGCUCAAUGAAAGACAUGCAUGUGAUGCAUGCAAUUUGCGGGGCUCAUGUGACAGGGCUAAUGUAAUAUUAAAAGAAUCUGAAGGAUCUGCACGUACAGUUGAUAUUGUACGUCUACUAGUUUUGUAUGCGUUGGAUCCACUUGUAACAUCACGGGAGGAGAAGCCUCCUCCCAGAAGAGAACAAAUUGAAGCAUCUGUCAGAAAAUUGCUGUUGGAGUUGGUUGAGCUGAGUGAAACACCAAUAGACCCUAAACUAACAAAGCCUAUUCCCAUAACUUCUCCUGAAAUGGAACGAAGUACUGGUUACAUGGUUGACAAAGGCUUGGAAAGUGAUGAACUACAUGAACACUUAACGGGUCACAAGAAUAAGUUUAAUUCAGUAAGUUAUGGAAACAAUCCAAGGAUAAGUACAUGGAAAAAGGUUGGCAGGGACAAUGUUAAUAUGAAAAAAGGAGAUUGGAUAUGCUCCAAGUGCAACUUUAUGAACUACGCCAAGAACAUGCAGUGUUUGGAAUGCAAAGCAGAGGCAUCAAAAAGAUUUUUUGGUGAUGAUAUUGAAAUGCGAAAAGGAGAUUGGAAGUGCAUAAAAUGCGAGUUCAUAAAUUUUGCCAGCAGAAGUAGCUGUAGAAUUUGCACUGAGCCACAGCCCAAUCAACAACCAAAUCUAAGUGAGGACAGACCGAAGAGAUUACUCGGUAAUAAUGAUACUGAAAUGAGAAAAGGAGAUUGGAAGUGCACAAAAUGCGAGUUCAUUAAUUUUGCCAGCAGAAGUAGCUGUAAAAGGUGCACAGAGCCACAGCUCAAACGUGGGCUGAAUCCCGGGGAGUGGAAUUGUCCCUCAUGUGACUUCUUGAAUUACAGAAAAAACAUGGUAUGCAAGAAGUGCAAUCAUGAGCGCCCCAGAGAGUUGCAGACUUAGAAACGAUAUGAAGAGCAGCUAUGGAAGAAGCCUCCUUG